CGGCCUUGCUGGCUGCAGGUUAAAGAGGUACUCCCUCCGCCUCCUCCCUCUUCCCUUCUCGUUCAUGCAAAGGAGUCUUCAGCACCCAAAUUCCCCAUCAUGGCCACCGCUGAAAGUACCGCCUCUCACCCAACAGAGGACGAGAAGAGUCUCGGGAAGGGUCCCGAUGAUUCCGUCCAACUGCUGACGGAAAUGGAAGAAAAGACCAUCAUUCGUCGGAUUGAUCUGUGCCUGCUCCCACUGAUGUUCUGUUCGUAUCUACUGCAAUACCUCGACAAGACUACGCUGUCAUAUGCCUCUAUCCUGGGACUCCUGACUGGCACGCACUUGACCACAGAUCUAUACUCCUGGACGUCCAGUGCCUUCUACUUUGGCUACCUAGUCGCAUCCUACCCGGUCUCGCUAGGGUUUGUCAAGUUCCCGAUCGGAAAAUACCUCUCCAUCAUGAUGAUUCUCUGGUCCAUAAUCCUAAUCUGCCACGCUGCGGCCUCCAACUUCGCCGGGCUGGCCGCCCUCCGAGUCCUGCUGGGCGUCUUUGAGAGCGCCAUCAGCCCCGGAUUCACCCUUAUCAUCAGUAUGUGGUACACACCAUCCGAGCACGCCCUGCGCAGCUGCGUCUGGUUCGCGGGAAACGGCGUGGCUUCGAUCUUUGGCGGUCUUCUCGCCUACGCCAUUGGACACAUUGAAGACAGCCUGGGACCAUGGCAGUGGCUCUUCAUUAUCUUCGGCCUGAUUUCUCUCGCCUGGUCCGUCUUCCUAUUCUUCACCCUCCCCGACUCCCCCCGCAACGCCAAAUUCCUGCGCCCCGAUCAGCGCGAACCCGCCUACUGCCGCGCACAAGCAUCCCAGAAGAGCUAUCAAAGCCGGGAAUGGAAAAAGGACCAGUUCAUCGAGGCGUGGAUCGACCCAAAGACUUGGUUCCUCUUCAUCUACAACUUCAUGGUCGCUCUGCCUAAUGGCGGAAUCACCAACUUCGCCAGUCUCGUCAUCGAAUCCUUCGGCUUUAACACCUUCAACACCCUCCUAUACACCAUCCCCAUGGCCGUGGUAGCCCUAGCCUUCCUCCUCGUCGCCGCCCUCACCUGCAACCGCUUCCCCGGCCUCCGCUGCUACUGGAUAAUCUUCACCCUGCUCAUCAGUCUGAUGGGCAUCCUGCUCAUGCGCCAGCUCCCCACGGAAAACAAAUGGGGUCGUCUGGUCGGCGUGUGGUUCGUCGCGGUCUUUGGCGCCGGCUGGCCCCUCAGUCUCAGUCUGAUCUCGAGUAACUUUGCCGGGUUCACGAAGAAAAGUACCGUCACGGCGCUGCUCUUCAUUGGCUACUGCGUCGGUAACAUUGCCGGGCCGCAGUUGUUUAAGACUAACGAGGCACCGAGAUAUAGUACUGCCUUUGCAGCGAUCCUGGCUUGCUUUUGCCUCGGUAUCGCCGAUGUCAUCCUUUUCCGCGUGUACAUGAUGUGGGAGAAUAAGCGGAGAGAUCGCAAACAGGGACGCACGAUCCAGCCCGAGUCGCAGGAGUUGGAGGAUGCGGUGCAGGGGUUCGCCGGGACGGGCGAUAUUUCCGACUGGCAGAAUGAGAACUAUCGGUAUUGUCUGUAGACUAUCUAUAGACUACUAGAAAAUAGAGUCUACGAUGGACGGGAUCGAUCGAGACAUGAAUAGUUAGUCGAAUUUAGAUAAGCAUAAUACAAUACCAGAG